GUUCCCUUGACUACCGCUAGAAACUGUGUGUGGGAUGGAUAUGUAACACGCAGUUACUAUGAAACUUUACCUGAGAACUGUUGCGGCGGCUUUGCUGGUGAUUUUGCAGGUCAACUGUAGAUAUGUCCAGACGGCAGGAGACAACGUUAACGUUAACUUGGAUCCCCUUGCUGAAAAAUACAAGACGGAAAAUACGAACCACGUCAUCAACCCAAGGGAUGUUGCUGGUACAAACAGCAGACCAGUACGCCACGGAAAAAUAAAGCCAAGGUCACGUGAGCAUUCAAAACUUCAUCACAGAAGUAAGACAAGGAGAGGAACUCCACUUGAGGGCUCUCAUUAUGGACUGACGUCACCAGAGACGCAGGAAUCACGUGACCACAAGAACCUAGAAGCACUUCUGACCAUGAUGAAAACGUAUGGGGGAGACAACAGCGACAAGCAACUGGGUGGAGACUUCGAGGAGUGGACCACGUGGGGCUCGUGGGGCGCAUGCUCCAAGACGUGCGGACCGGGAAUAACCGUCCGGAUCCGAACCUGCUCCGGAGGGAAGUGCAGGGAAACGUCUGAGCUGGCGCAGCAGGAGUGCCGCCUAGCGGAUUGUGCGACCACUGCCAAACCAUCCCAACCAGCAACAACCGAGGCACCAUGUGAAUAUGGCAUCCUUUGUGAGCAGGAGAGAAUGUACAAAUAUCUGAAGAAGGAGGUGAAAGAACUCCUUGAGGAAGAUAGGAAGCUGCUCCAGACGACUAAAGGCGCUAAUACCGAGCUCGCUGUGAUCCUGGGUGGUACGGUCAUCCUCAUCCUGGGCAUCAUCUUGCUCUGUAUCAUCAGAUGUGUCGACAGGAAGAUGGAGGAAAACAAGAGAAUCAAGAGGGAAGCCAAACGGAAACAAAAAGAGAAGGACCAAGUUGGCGUACCCUCAACUUCAAGGUCCUUUACAUCUAUGAAAUAGGGGGGAGGAAAAUCUUCAUUUUAAAUUUUUUUUUUGCUGAGGAAUAUACAUGUCAAGUGCUCUGGGCAUGUAAGGCCACACAUAUUUAAUUUGUUGAUUCUCAGAUUGAAAAAAGAUACAUUGUAUGCUAAAGGCCAUGCUGAUUUGAUUAAAUGGAUAACAUCCAUGCAUGCAUCUCCCGAAAAGUUUUUCUGUAAAUCGUACAAAGCAGCUGUAAAAUCAUAACAUAUAUGCCAUAAAAGUUGAAAGAAUAUUGGAAAAGCAAAUGCUAAUGUUACAGAGUUUUAAAGUAAAUUCCAAAGUGAAGGAUCAACAAUAAUGAAUCUACCGUUCAUGACUAGUAUUCCAUACUCUGUGUGUUAAGGAAUUUGUUAAGUCUUCUGACCACUUAGAUUCAUUAUGAAGGCAACUUUUUGGGGGAGGGGGGCACCUUUUUUUCACUCUCGCCUCAGUUUUGGGGUUCCCUAAGGAUAUCAUCCAUGUAAUUAAAUCAACAUGGCUUAACUGGAAAAACAUAUGCAUGAUAAUAACAAAGCCUUAGGACCAGGUUUAUGCCUUGGUUCCAUUAUACUCAGUUUUAUGAAGUGAAUAAAGUCAUUCAAGUUUUUUCCCAUGCCCU